CGAGGCCAAGACGCGACGCGACCACUCAUCCAUCAACCGUGUUCCUUGAAUUCCUCGCCGUCUUUCUUCCUGGGUCGACAUAAGUUCUGCCACUGACGACACCAAAAGCCAAGAUGAAUGCUGGCAGCACACGACGUGGACGAGUUAGCAAGAGAGAGGUGUACCUGCUUGAGCCAGGGACAACAAGUAUUCCCAGAGGGGACGCGCGGGCUGCCUUGUGGGCAAAUGGACAUGCCCAAGAAGUGGAGAUCACAAGAACAGAUAACUCAGCCCAGCUGCUGGACACCAUUCACAACAAGUAUGCCAGCGCCAGGAUAGAUCUGAGGAGCAUGCCAUGGCAGUACAUGUCGAUCGUGGGACACAACACCCUUGUCCCAUACCUGAACACUGUAAAUGGGACCCGACUAUUGAACACACUAUGCAAAAGGCAGAGUCGAUGCUUCUACAUCAGAAAGAGGGAAGCAAGUGAUGAUGACGAAGAGCCCGGUCCCCAGGAACCAGCAGACCUACCUGGGCAGGGACCUGACAUCAACAAUCAGAAUGGCAAUGACAUAGUAAUAAUCGAUGACGAGCCGGCAUUACUUGAUGCACAAGAUGUGGCAGAUGAGUCACCCAAUGAGUCACCGGAGACGAUAGAGGGGAGUGUGUUUGAAGAUGCUGUAGAGUUCGGCACACUUGACAGCUUGACCCCUCCCCUGGACAUGCUUGAAGGUUUUGCCGGUCCACACACCGCAGCACUGUUGACUGCAGCAGCAGGGGUAAAACGUCCCUGGCCCGUACCCCUUUCACUUGCAGCGGCGAGAGAUAUCUGCAGGAGACAGCAGAGGCCGCUUGUCAUCAUCUUUGGGAUGACAGACACUGCAGCUGGAACAAGGUUAGUUCAAAUUAUUACCUCCCCGCGGGAAAAUUAUACUAUCGUGCGAACCAUUUCUGUCAGCAGCUGUUUCUCGCGAUCGGCUGGACAGAUCUGUCUGGGGUUCGGUGUACGUAUUGCUGCAGAUGAUGCGCCGGAAGGGGGUCAGUGA